CACAAGAUCAGCAACUGCAUGCAGCUACCUCCACCUUCUCCCUCGAAAGAAAGCCACUAGCACGAUCGUCUCUCGAUUGGCCAGAGAUGCCUGAUAGGGAUUUCAACUUCCAUCACAUUGGGCACACCUACAACGGCCCACCUCCUGCCCAGCAGGGCAACAAGCAUGAAGAAGCCCAUCACCACCAACCGGUGGCGCACUACUCCGAAUACUCAACGUACACCGCCGCCGCAUACCCAUACCGCCCUCCUCCGCCGGCAUACCCACCUCGCAACAAGCCGCCGCCGGUGUAUGGGUACCCUCAGCCGCCUCAGCCGGGCUGGGGCGGCGGCGGCGGCGGCUACUACUACCCGCCUUCCGAUUACCCCCCUCCACAAGAGCCUUAUCAUGGAUACCCUCCUCCUCCUCAGCCGGGCUGGGAUGACUACCACGGCGGCGGCUAUGCGCCACACCAAGGAGGAGGUCACUGGGGCCGGCACGGCUACGGAGGGCACGCGGGGUGGCUAGCAGCCGGAGCCGGAGCCGGAGCCGCCGCCGCCGCCGGGGCUGGAGUUUACGGCGCGUACCACCGCUUCCGCAAGCACCACGGGCAUGGUGGGGAUCAGUACGGUGGUGGUUACGGCCAUGUCUAUGGCCACCAUGCUGGCAAGUUCACGCACGAACACCAGGGCAAGUUCAAGCACUAUGCUCGCCACGACGGCAAGUUCAACAACAAGCACGCUGCGCAAGGCAAGUUCUCUGCCAAGUCCCCCGUCACGGUCCUGGACACAUGAGAGCUCCAAGCUCUCACCCUGAUGGAAGAGCCAUAUCGCCUUAUAGUAUAAAUACUAUCCAUAUAUAAAUAAACUUCCGAUCCGUUACGAUGGAUCCUCUGACGCAGGAGGCUUGCUUCGCUUUCAGGACUGCCUCCAUCGAUCAUGUUAGGAAAUUAAAGCCUCUGCCUUUUGUGAUAUGGGUAUUUUCUAGCUAUUAUGCUUAGCAGGGAGAUGAUCGUGAACUGCGUGUAUGGUAUGUUCGUGUACCACCCUAGAGGAGGUUUGUGCCCUAAUGACCACAUGGUUUGCUAAUAAGCACAGAACUGAGUAACCUUGUGUUGGUAUACUAUGCAUACGCACACUAGUGAUGUGUUUACCUCAA